CACCUGCGCGCUCGCGGAGGGCGGGCCGCGGGCCCCGGCGGGGAGGCGGGACUUGGCGGAGGCCGGGGAGCGGGCCGGGGGGUGGGGCGAGGGGCGGGGGCCGGCGCCCCGCGGGGAGCCCGGCCACGUGAUGCUCGCGGCCCGGCCGGGCGGCCAGGCGGGGAGCGCGGCGGCCCCCGGAGGUGGCGGCGGGCGCGCAGCCCGGGCCGCGCGGGACCGGCCGCCGUCGGGGCGCGCAUGCCAUGGAGAAGCUGGCGGCCGGGCUGGCCGGCCUGCGCUGGAGCAUGGGCGCCUUCCCGCUGGACCUCAUCGUCAGCCGCUGCCGCCUGCCCACGCUCGCCUGCCUCGGGCCAGGGGAGUAUGCUGAGGGCGUCAGUGAGCGAGACAUCCUGCUCAUUCACUCCUGCCGCCAGUGGACAACAGUGACGGCCCACACCCUGGAGGAAGGCCACUAUGUCAUCGGGCCCAAGAUUGACAUCCCCCUGCAGUACCCAGGGAAGUUCAAGCUCCUGGAGCAGGCCCGGGAUGUGCGGGAGCCAGUGAGGUACUUCAGCAGCGUGGAGGAGGUGGCCAGCGUCUUUCCUGACCGCAUCUUUGUGAUGGAAGCCAUCACCUUCAGUGUCAAGGUGGUGUCGGGAGAGUUCAGCGAGGACAGCGAGGUGUACAACUUCACGCUGCACGCGGGCGACGAGCUCACGCUCAUGGGCCAGGCGGAGAUCCUGUGCGCCAAGACCACCAAGGAGCGCUCGCGCUUCACCUCCUUGCUGCGCAAGCUGGGCCGGGCGGGGGCGCUGGCCGGGGUGGGCGGGCCGGGCGGCGCCGGGGCCGCGGGCGGGGGCGCCCGGCCGGUCAAAGGCAAGAUGCCCUGCCUCAUCUGCAUGAACCACCGCACGAACGAGAGCCUGAGCCUGCCCUUCCAGUGCCAGGGCCGCUUCAGCACGCGCAGCCCGCUGGAGCUGCAGAUGCAGGAGGGCGAGCACACGGUGCGCGCCAUCAUCGAGCGCGUGCGGCUGCCGGUGAACGUGCUGGUGCCCAGCCGGCCGCCGCGCAACCCCUACGACCUGCACCCGGUGCGCGAGGGCCACUGCUACAAGCUGGUCAGCAUCAUCUCCAAGACCGUGGUGCUGGGGCUGGCGCUGCGCCGCGAGGGCCCGGCGCCGCUGCACUUCCUGCUGCUCACCGACACGCCGCGCUUCGCGCUGCCGCAGGGCCUGCUGGCGGGGGACCCGCGCGUGGAGCGCCUGGUGCGCGACAGCGCCUCCUACUGCCGCGAGCGCUUCGACCCCGACGAGUACUCCACGGCCGUGCGCGAGGCGCCCGCCGAGCUGGCCGACGACGGCGCCAGCCCGCGCCGCGCGCGCCUCUGCCUGCCCGCGCCCCCGCGGGGCCCCGCGCCCGCCCGCGCGCCCAGCCCGCCCGGCGACGGCGACCAGGAGUACGUGAGCCCCGACUGGGCCGGCGCGCCCGAGCCCGCCGCCUCGCCCGCCGAGAUCCCCUACGAGGAGCUGUGGGCGCACCAGGCGGCCGAGGGCCUGGCGGAGGGCCGCCCCCGGCCGCCCCCGGGCCCCGACCUCAUCAACUUCGGGACCGGCCCGCCCCGCCUGGAGCCCGAGGCGCCGCCGCCUCCCGUCCCUCCCAAGUCCGAAGCUGUGAAGGAGGAGUGCCGCCUUCUCAACGCCCCGCCCGUGCCGCCCCGGGGUGGCAGUGGCAGCGGCUGGCUCCCUGGCAGCCCCCCGGUGCCCCCACGCUUCCCCAAGCUGCAGCCUGUCCACUCGCCCAGCUCCAGCCUCUCCUACUACUCCUCUGGCCUCCAGGAUGGGACGGGUUCCCGCAGUGGCAGUGGCUCCCCGUCACCAGAUGCCUACUCCCUCUAUUGCUACCCGUGCACCUGGGGAGACUGCAAAGUGGGCGAGUCCUCUAGCCGCCCCCCACCGCCGGGACCCCUGCCCUCCACCACGCAGCCCAGCCAGGCCCCACGGGCCCUCGCAGAGCCCCUGAGCAGUCGAGCUGCCUCCCUCUUGGGGGCUGACGCCCCUGCCAAGACCUACCACGGCUGCCCGCCCCCCCUUCUCAAGCCCUCUCACCCCCAGAAACGCUUUGCUCCGUUUGGAGCCCUCAACCCCUUUUCCGGGCCGGCCUACUCCUCAGGCCCUUCAGCGGCCUCCUCUUCGGGGCCCACGACCGUCUCGGCCGCCCUGGCUACCUCCAGCCCUGCGUGCUCCCCAGGCCCGGGCUCCCCCGGCCCGGCCUAUUCGGCUGCACCCACCUCCUCCUGUCCCACCUCCUCCUCCUCCUCCUCUGAGUGGCAGGAGUCGGCCCUGGAGCCCUUUGACCCCUUUGAGCUGGGGCAGGGAGGUUCUCCAGAGCCCGAGUUGCUGCGCUGUCAGGAGCCCAGAGCUGUGGGGGUACCUGGGCCUGGACCCCGCCUUUCACCUCUUGGACCCCCCAAGGCCUUUGAGCCUGAGGGGUUAGUGCUACGGCAGGUCCCCACUCCACUGUCACCAGCGGCCCCGAAGGGGCUCAAGGCAGGUGGAGCACGCCUCCUCCUCACCCAAGGGCGCCUGGAAGGGCCUCCUGCCAGUCCCCGGGAGGGCGCCAUAGGCUGGGGCGGCCGGGAGGCCUCCUGGCAGCCCCCCGCCGACCUGUCUGCGCUCUCUCUGGAGGAGGUCUCUCGCAGCCUGCGUUUCAUCGGGCUCUCCGAGGACGUGGUGAGCUUCUUUGCCCGAGAACGGAUCGAUGGCAGUAUCUUUGUGCAGCUCAGUGAGGACAUCCUGGCUGACGACUUCCACCUCACCAAGCUUCAGGUCAAGAAGAUCAUGCAGUUCAUCAAAGGCUGGCGGCCCAAGAUCUGACCUUCCCAGCUUGUAGCUGCGCAGCCGAAAGGCUGGCACAGAGGCCCGAGGCCAGCCAUGGUCUGCAGGGGACAGUGCUGCCUGGGAGGGUGCCAGGUAGCCACUCUGUGAAUCCAGGGGAGCCACACUUGGAAAUGGGGUCCUCUGGGACCAGACCCCUGCAUGGGGACGGCUUGCCUUGGAGUGUGCAGAGGACAGUGUGCCGCACCUGCACCUGGCGAGGCACUGGCUGACUCCCAUGGUGGGGUCAAAAGCUGGCCUCAUGGUGACCUAACACCGUCCCACACUCUGAAGAUAUUCACAGACAACUCGCAUUUCUCCAGUUUGUAGGUGCCGGUUAGCAGGAAGGGAGUCCAUAAUUUAAGCACAAAUCCCCCAAGUGCCCUCUCUCCUCUGUGCUCUGGGGGCUUUUGGCCUAAGCUGCCCCAGGGUCGGGGUGCCAAUUUCAGGACCUCUGCACUGCGAUGCCCUUCCCUCCCCCCCUCUGCUGCACCUUGAGUAGGUCCCUGGCCCUGAGCACAGGUGUAUCCAGUACAAGCCCGUGCCUUUCACCUCAGAGCCCCACUCCGGGUUCUGGUUCGUGGGCGCUGACUUUGGAAGAGCACAGCGCUGCUGUUAAUGGACGUAGCUCAUUAGGGAGGCAGAUGCCUACUGGCGCCCUGGGUUCUCCUGAGCUCAGUGCAACUAGCCCUCAUCCUGCCAGGGUGGGUCCAGUCUGCGAAGACUCAGACCCCACGGAAGAGCAGGCUGGUCGGUCGGCUGCUCCUUGAUUCUGACAAGUGGCUUUCAAUCACUCCCGCCUGCACUGGUCUCCUGCCUCCAUCACUUGACUCUGGCAAACACCUGGUGUCCCCUGGUUUCCUGUCAAUAGUCGCAGGUGGGAUGGGUGGGAGGCAGCACAGUGGCUUGGGAAGAACUGCUCUUGCUCACGUGCUUUCGGACAGGCCUUUGGGCCCUGGAUCUCGAGCAUGGUGGUCCGUGGCACCCAGGGCAGGGUGGUCGUGUACAACUGCCUGUCCCCCAUGCUCUUCCCGUCUCACCUGCCCAGGGGUACCAGCCUUCUGCCUUACCCAGCCGACCUAGAUAUUUAUUUCCUGCCUCGAGAAUAGCAAAGCCAUGCUGGUGCCUGUGCCCCAAGCAGGCCUCAGCUCUGAGGGAAGGGAGUCAGGAAACAGCAGAGACCAGUGUGGAGACAUUGGGUUUCCUUGCUGAUCAGGUAAUGAAUCCCCGAGGACUCGUGAAAUAAACGCUAGACGCUGAGGACAGUGCCGGUGCAA